AGUAUCGAUCUGAAGAGAAUCGAGUGUCAAAUUGAAUUCCGAAUAAAACCGAGAUAAAGGCAGUGCGACUUCCUUGCCUGCGAAAGAGGAGGGGAAAAGACAUGCGGGUGGCCGUUGCGCGCCCAGCAAUGCGACAAUGAGCAAGCGUUCACACGAAGAUUCCGUCUUCUCAAAGACCGCCAGGUUUCUGGAGGAGCGGACACCUUCGACGCCGGGAAACAGUAUCUCUAUCAAUGAACUUCUAUCCAAUUCCGAGGAACCCGAGGCAGAUCAUUCCGAGACUCAUAAUAGUACUCGCAAGCCUAGAAACUUUAUUGCUGCUGUGGCAUGUGAAAACUGUCGUCUAAAAAAGACAAGAUGUGAUGAAUCCCGUCCCAAAUGCGGGCUCUGCAAAGCCCUGAAUCUGGAAUGCGUGUACAGUGAACGCAAACUGUCCAAAAAGGAUCAAUCCAUCGGCAUGAUUAUAAGCACACUACACCGGAUUGAGACCAAGUUGGAAAAUCUUCCGUCUGUGAUUUCGAAUGAUAUUCGUCCCAUUACGGGUCAUGUCUUGCAGGCCGUGGAAGCUAUUCAAGUCUCUGCAGCAACGGCUGGGACGCCGAGUGCGAGGACGUCGUCGCAUAAAUUGUCGUUUUCACAGAAUACCUCACCCGCGGCAAUGGGUCAGAUUGAGGUCGAAGCGCAGGCAUCCGUGGAUGGUAAAGAGGUUAUUUCAUUCAGUCAGCAUGGAGUCGUGGUUUGGCCGGGAAUUAUCAGCAGUCUACCGGAGAGAUUUCUAGUCGUCUAUGAUCAACUAGGAAAAAAUUAUGUCCUUGACGUCGAAUUGGAAAGAUCAGCUUUACCGAUGUGGGUGAAUACUCCGCUUGGAUUACCGAGUACAGGCAGCUGGUUAGAAGGCUUGCCCAUGGCUUUGGUGAAAGGGUUAUGCGAGGCGUUUUUCUCGCUUUUCCACCCCUUCACCCCGUUCAUGGAUAAACAUUUUUUCUUCUCGCUUACGCUCGGAGCAGUUAUUAACCAUGGAUUUUCUACGACGAUUGAGACUUGUCUGGUCUUGAAUGUGAUGGCGCUAGGCUGUUUGGCUGUGCGUGCAUAUGAGGAAGCAGAUUUCCCAUUACCGGGGACACUUGGUGAUCGUUUCGAACGACCGGCCUGGUAUGAAGUGGUCAUGGAAGAUCCGCCGGGGCUGUCGUUUUUCAAUAAAGCUCGGAAACGGAUGGGUUUCCUCAUGGAGAAGAAUAACCUAUCUAGUUGCCAGUAUUAUCUUUUAUCAGCGAUGUAUUAUACGCAGAUCAUCCGUCCGCUUGACUCCGGCGCAAUGCUUAAUAGAGCUGCUGCUUGUUUGUGUUUCAUGUUAGCGAAUCGCGAUAUUAACUAUAAUGAAUGGGAAGGCGAUAUGAAGUCAAGGGUAUUCUGGAAUACAGUGAUGUACGAAACGAUUCUCGUGCAGGAACUGGAUCUUCCCCCAAGUGGUUUGCUGUCUCUCGAAGACAACGUUCCCAUCCCCAAAUUCAUUCCAUUCAAAAUCUCAUCGGAGAUCACUCCGCUGCCUGAUCCGGAUGACUCGUACUAUCAUCAAUGCCAUUUCUUGGCCCAGAUAGCGAAUCGGAUUAUCCUUACUCGAAUCCGACAUAGUCUGUACUUAUUCUCUGAAUCAGGAACCCUCCCCCGCCCAGCCGUCAGUCAAGAACUACACAACCAAGUCGAAGAAUGGCGCAAAAACCUCCCUCCAGUAAUCCAAUUCUCCGCCAAGGACUCAACCACCACAUCCAACGACGACAUCUCCCCAUCCAUCACACCCAACGCACCGCGAACACCCACAUCCCUCGCAAUGCUAGUCGCAGACUCAAUGCUCCGAGCACGCUAUCGAAUCUGCAAAUUUCAUAUCGGUCGACCCUACCUAUACAAAGCGUUGAGAACGCCGAAUCUGUUGACAGAAGACGAUUUUGAGCAGAUUCGGAGUGGACUCAGGUUUGCUAUGGAUUGGCCUAUGAUUAGAGGCGUGUUUCGGCAGAUGAGGAGUUGUGUUCCGAUUCGGUUUGCAUUUUGUUCGCAAUUCUUCGGCCAACUCCUCAUCUUCCAUUGUAUAUCAAACUCGCCCGACCCGCGAUUGCGUGCGACUUUACCCUCUGGUUGGGAACGAUGGUAUAGGGAGAUGGUUGAAUUUUUGGAGUAUUGUGCCGCGUUUAGUCCGGCGAUUAGUCGGGACGUGGGAUUGAUUCAACUGUUGUAGUUAGUAAAGAGUUGUCUGUUUUUUGAUUCUUAUGUAUAUAUGUAUAUGAUUAUGUUGGAUUUGAUGUUAAAUGUAUCUACCGGUUCGGGAAUGCAGAAGUAUUAGUUUCAAUUCGAUGUUAUCACAGGUCGACGCUACGAGUCAUCUCUAUGCUGGCGUGUCCGAGUAAGCACUCGAGGGUUCCAGAAAGACAUGACGAAUAAGUCUGAGCAUGCCCACGUUGUAAUCUGAGCACUGACUUAUGAUAUACAUGAAAUAUCAUUUAUCCGUAUAUCAUCUAAUGGCACUU